AUGAAGUGGUUCUCCGCAGCAGCAUUGUCUCUCGUCGCGCCUGUUCAGGCCGGCCUUCGUUUCCAGUGUUCGACUCUAACGAUUCAACGUCUGGACCCGGUUGUCCAACCAGGCCAGAUCCCGUCCUCUCAUGUCCACCACAUUGUGGGCGGAAACGCCUUCAAUGCUACUAUGGAGGGAGACGUUGGUGCCAGGGCUACCUGCACCACGUGCGAAAUGGCAGAGGACUUUUCCAACUACUGGACGGCUGCUUUGUAUUUCAAGCACCCCACCAAUGGCUCUUACCAUCUGGUCCCAGUCAUUCCUGUCGACCCUGGCAACCUCGACGGCUACUCCGGCACAAAAGGUGGACUUACUGUCUACUACAGCCAGACGGACUUGACCCGGGACAACAUCGCACAGAAUCCCGGUUUCCGGAUGACGGUGGGCAACCCAACUAUCACCUCCAACCAACACGUCGGCUUGCGUUACCAGUGUCUUCAGGGUGGUUUCAAUAGAGGCCCGGAAUUGAGUGACUUCCCGGCGCAGGCAUGCCCUGGCGGUCUCUUCGUCACUCAGCACUUCCCUGCAUGCUGGGAUGGUAAGAAUCUUGAUAGUUCAGACCACCAGUCGCAUGUGUACAACACCAUCACCCAAGACGGGUUCGUCAAUGCACCCAAGUGCCCCUCAACUCAUCCUGUUCGGAUGCCACAGGUCGUUUUCGAAACUGUUUGGGACACCACGAAAUUCAACAGCAUGUGGACCUCAGGGGCACCCAACCCCUUUGUCUGGAGUUUUGAGGGCACCGCAGCCGGAACCCACGCUGAUUACAUGUUUGGUUGGAAGGGCGACGCGCUUCAACGCGCCAUGAACAAAUCUGAAUGCUUCUAUGAUGGCUGCGGCUCCAUCACAAAGCAGCAGAUGAGUGUUGCCAACCAAUGCACCAUUAAGCAGACGGUGCAAGAGCAAACUGAUGGAUGGCUCGCCAAGCUUCCCGGCAUGUAA